AUGGAUGAAGUUUUAGCUUUCAUUUAUACUGGUCCUUGCAAACCUACAAAAUCUGACUUUGAGAGAACUCCUCUUCUUGUAAGACAUAAAAAGGUGGCUGCAGCUCUAGAGUGGCUUAAACUUAACCACUGUGACUAUUUUGAUCUCGAAAUAUCCUACAAAAAUCUUAGAGAAUAUCCUGAGGAUAGUCCACCAGUUGUAGUGGAUUAUAGAGAGUCAUCUUCAAACAAAGAUCCAGAGUCUACAGCUAUUAAUGAUAUAGAAGAGGAAACUGGAACUGAAACUGGCCAGUGUCCAUUUGUAGUUCAUGGAUUGACUGGUGAAGAAUAUUCAACAAAAAGCUUAAAAGCACUGAAAGCCAUUGCCCUUCAACAUUUGACUUCAAAUAAAAAGAUAUUAGCUGUGGGCCAUGCACAAGAACCAGAGUCAUUAUACAAUAAUCCUCAGUUAUUUCCUCAGAUGUGGAAACACUCUCCAGAAGGGGCAUCUGUCUGA